AUGGCAAAAGCAGUGUCUUAUGCAUGCUUUAAAUAUUUAGAUGAUCAGAUUAGAUACUACUAUGAGCCGAUAGAAUCAAUAUUUUAUAAAAAGAAUGACAAGAGUCAUAUCAGGCCAAAAGAUUUAUCUAAUUUUGAAAAGAACCAUAAAUAUUAUGUUUUAUGGCAACCAAUAUAUAAAGUUCAAGUACUAUCUACUCGUAGUAAAAUAGAGAACAAACAACCAGUAUUUUAUCCAGGAUAUAUAGUAUGUCUAGGAGUAUCAGAAAAUGAUGCCAGGAUAAGAGCAAUAAACAAACCAAAGAGAUUAGUUGUACCAAAAUUAUUAACUUCUAGCGAUUCUAAUGAACAUGAAUCUGAAACUAAUAAAGUUAAGCCUCAAACUAAUAAAAUCAUCAAAAAUAUCGUACAAAGAGUUAAUUCUCAGAGAACGAUUGACAAGUUUAAACAGUCAACUCUCCUGAAGAAUAGAGAAGAAAGUCUUGAUAGCCUUAGGAAUGACUGUAUGAGUGAAGAUGAUGCACAGGAUAUUGAAAAUGAUUCUACAGUUGAUAACAAUGCAAAAAAGAUGCAAACAAUGCAAAUAACUAGCCAACGAGAACGAAGAGUGGUUUUACAAGAUUGUUUAAAAGAAAAAGAAAAUAGAGAAAUGCGAUAUCUUAAUGUUAAGAUCAUAGACGAAACCAAACAUAAUUUAGAAUAUUGCAUGUCAUUACCUGCUUGUUCGACCCCAAAACGUAAAAUGGAAAAGUUUUAUUCAUUUCAAGAACAUCAUUCUAUAAAUUUCUUACGUCACUCCUAUCCUUACAUGCAUCGGACUUUGCAAGCAGAGAUCUCAAGACCACAGAAACUGAAAGACCGUCAGCAUAUUUCAUUGGUAGCAAGAGAUACAAAUUUAGAUUUAGCCAUCUCGCAGCUAUCGCCGGUAAUAGCAGGGUCUCAACUAAUGCAAUCCCAAAGACUACGGAGAUCAGAAUACCAGACAACGCGACGUUCUGAUUUACAAAUUUCGGUAGAUUCAGAAAUUCGUAGUUCGCGAGUUCUUCUUCGCCUUCUUCACUAAGGUCUGGAAGGAAAUCACGUUCGAAGACUACUUUGGAUUUACCACUGGGGUCUCCAGGGGAUUCGAUAAACCAGUCGAUUUGUAGAAAUCGGUCGCGUUCGAGAACUUCUUUCAAUUUGCCACGAGAAUCUCCAGAAGAAGGUUCGCGUUCGAAAAGUCAGUUGCUCUCGAGAAAUCGGUUGCCUUUGAGAACUCCUUUAAAUUCGCCCCUAUCAUCUCCAGGAGGUUCAAUUCCACAAAACCUGUCGCACUUGAGAAAUCUGUCGCGUUCACCAGUAACGUCUUCAGGAGGUUUGGGGCACGAUAAAACUAUUCAAAAACAAUUCGCUAAAAAUUGUCAAACGAAAAAGCCAGGUUCACGUUCUUUAACACAACCAAACUCGGUCAUUUCACUGUCAGAGAGACAGCCGGUCAACUUUCAGAAUCGCAACAAGUACCGUCUACUCAAAAACCAUCAAGACGGCCAGGUCCACGUUCUCGGACCCAACAAGUGUCGUCAACUGGCACUUCAUCGAGCCAGCGAGAUGAACGUACUAGUUUUCAAGAAGAUGCCAAUCAAAGUUCUGAAGUACCUGCAGCUAGUGGUGAAGAAUCAGAUUCCUCUGCUGUCCCGAUGCUCGAGCAAUAUAAACCAAAAUUAUACCGAAAAUAUAGAAAAUUAAAUUAUGAUUUAGAAUCUGUGAUUCCUGACAGACACAACCGAUACGAGAUUGUUAAAAACAAGGUAUAUUUGGGUGAAAAAUCGACUGUAGGGCAAAAAUCAUGGCGAAUUAUAAAAUAUAAUCGUAGAAGUGGAUUUUUGAGAGAUUUGCGACGGUUUUACGGACGAAGAAAAUCUUAGCUUUGAGAUGUUUAGAUUUAUCGAAAUUGAAGAACCAAACAUUUGGAACACAACCCAUCCAAUUAUAUUCUCCAAGAAAAUUAAAUCUGUAUCUAAAUUUGUACAGCGAUUACUUGGAUGAAUCUAAUAGAUACAAAGAGUUACCGCAAGAAACAAAGGAUAUUUUUAUAUACAAUUCCACCGAAAGUUUGAGCUUUCAUUCUAGAGAUGAGAGAAAAAAUCAAACUCCACCAGAUGCAUAAUUUGAUAUUAUGUUGUACUUAAUGUAAAACUGAUCUAUAAAUCAAAAAAUUCAGUUAAAAUUACUUGUUAUAUAAAACUUCAAUAAAAUACAUAUUUUUCUACUUGCUUAA